CAAUGAUGUACCGAACUGAAAUGGGGCGAAUACAUAGCAGAGCAGUAGGCGAAUUAGCGGGCAAUUAGGAAAUGGGAUCGGCAGCGGCGCCAUGGAAGUCCCUUCUUCUCAGUGCUUUGGAAUCAAAUGCCCAAAUCAAGCAUUCCAGAUUCUUGCACCUCGCAACGAUUGGAGGCAAUGGAAGGCCAUCAAAUCGCACCGUUGUUUUCAGAGGAUUUGAAGAGGGCACCGAUGGAAUCCAUAUUUACACGGAUUCAAGAAGUCGCAAGAUUGAAGAGCUUAAAGCUUGUCCAUUUGCUGAGAUAAGUUGGUAUUUCACCGAAUCAUGGGAGCAAUUUCGUAUCAGUGGAAGAAUUGAGGUUGUUGAUGCGUCAUGUCUUGAUGCUACAAAAUUUAAGAAAAGAGCAGAAGCUUGGUCAUCCAUUUCUCUAAAGUCAAGAAUGCAGUAUUUGGGGCCUAGUCCAAAUCUUCCCUAUAUUGCCGAACAGCCAGCCAAGGAACCUGUUCUAGAUCCUUGUUCAGGUCCUGUUGAUGCAUUUUGUUUGCUGGUCUUGGAUCCUGAUCAGGUCGAUUAUUUGAAUCUGAAGAGUGAAGAAAGGAAGUUGUUUAAAGCUAUUCCAUGUCUUGGAAGGGAGACAUUAUGGGAAUCAGAGCGGAUAAACCCUUAGCAAUUGCACCUCGAUUUGCACAGGUAUAUUGAUAACAACAAGCUGGUAUCUUGAAAUGAACUGAUAUAGUUAGUUACUCAUGUGUUGAAAAUAAUCCUCCGACCCUUUGGUUGUUAGUAGAGAUGAUACUGAUUGAACAAUCAUGGUUCCCAAGUUAUGAGGGGUUUUGUAGCUUCAAAUUCUUUUUGCUCUACUGCCAUGGCUAUAUCUGUA